AUGUACACAAGACUAACUGCACUGGUCUCCCUGGUUGCAGGCGCAUUGCUUCUUGUGGUGCUGACCUUAAAGAUGAUUCACCUCCUUGGGGGGUCGCAGGUCGCCAACACCCCAUCAUUGGACCUGAACCUCUUCAGCGUCGACCCUCACCUCCACGCCAAACUCGCCCGAGCCGAGAAGCUCUGGGAGCAAGCCGUCGCAGACCGUGAAAAAAUGCGAGAAAUGUCUGGCACGAGGGAGUUCCCAGACGGUUAUUUAUACCCAUUCAAUGUAUGGGACUUUGCGCGUCCCAGCUUUUUCUGCCCACACGAUCUAGAGCGAGUCGGAUCCCUAGGUGAUGGAGGCAAGGUGGUCUGCGGCAUGUCCCGGUACGAGAGAGAAUCCCCAGGACCCUCUUCCGAGACCAGCGCGGCCCCGGAACUCAUUGUCUACUCGUUCGGUAUCAGCGGCGACUCCUCCUUCGAGUCUGCUUUGCUUGAGCGGACAAACGCCGUGAUCUGGGGCUACGACUUUUCGGUGGAUGGGUGGGCAAAGGAUAUCACCGAGCAGCAAGCGACACGCACAAAUUUUAAGAAGGUCGCCAUCGGCAAGGAGACAGACGAGACGCGGAACCCGGCCGUGUGGAGCAUUCAAGACCUAAUGAAAGUAAAUGGACACUCAUAUAUCGACCUGAUCAAAAUGGACAUUGAAGGAGCUGAAUUCGAUUCUGUCUCGUCCUUCAUCUCCUCGGUCAUGGCGAGUCACGGAGGUGCAGAGAAUGUAACUUUACCCGUCGGCCAGCUCCUGGUGGAACUUCACUUUAUGAAUGCGCCGCCGGGCUUGACGAUCCCAACGGACUUGGACUCGUGGAUGAGGUGGUUCUCUGACAUGGAGAAAGUAGGCUUGAGGCCUGUCAACAAUGAAGACAAUUGGAUUGGCGACGCCGGCUCAGGCAAGCCGAGGUUUAUGGAGGUGACUUGA